AUACAAAGUAGCAUGCAACCAACUACUUAUAGACAAACACAAACUAUACACUUACCUCUCCUCCUUCUCCAUCUCUUUGCAACAACAAUGGCUAACAAACCACAUAAAACCUUCAUGCCAUUGUUAUGCCGAUUCUCCGUAAACGACACCGCCCAACCCGCCAAACUCCCCGGCCCCUCUUCGGCCGAUCCUUCCUCGCCAAAACUCAGCUGCAUCGGCCAAGUGAAAAAGAAAUCCACAGUCACCAACAACAACCGCUUCCUCCCUUGCAACUUAUCGGCUUCGGGUAGCACCCGAAGCACGAAAUCAUCCGUCCACUCCAACAAUUACAAACUGUUCUCCGGUAAAAGCAUAACUUCUCCCGCCGUUGAAACUGCUUCAAUCAAAACAUCAAAAAGUAAAUAUGGUACGAACAGAAGCAAGAGUUGUAAUGGAAGAAGAACACCGGUUAGAUCGAAUAAAUGUUAUAUGACUAGUAGUAGGGAUGAUCAUGAUAUUGUGCGAGUUGUGGUGGCUAAAGAGCUGGAUCCUCCUUUACCUGUGGUGAAAUGUGGCUCGAGAGAUCAAGAAGUGAACGUGAAUCUAUGGAAGAGACGCGGAAUUGAAUUGGAAACACUACAGAUUCAGCCGAUUCGGUUGAGUGUGAGUCAAAAUAGUAACGAUAACAAUGGCGGAUUUUCGGUUCCAUCAUCGGCAACAACCUAAGGUGGGUUAGAAAAAUUAUAAGCGCGUCUAUAAGGUUUUAGAGCUUAAUUAUUUUGGUUUUCAGAAACUCCGCUAAUCAAAUGAGCAGACGUGUUCUUUGAGUUUUGCCAUGUCAGCGUAUUCAAAGAGUGCGUUACGCUUGCCCUGUGUCAGAUUAUUUUUUUAUAGUACCCUCUCGUUGGUAGCGAAUUCGCUAGAAACCAAAAUGCUUUCAAAAGCCUUCUAGCAACACUUGUUAUUUAUCUAAAAAACCAGAAACUAAAAAAAAUAUAUGUUGGAUUAUGAAACUUGUAUCAAAUAAUUGGUGAUAGUUUAGGUUGUUCAGGAGAUCGCUACAUAAUUUCGCACUGUACUUUCACGUGUUCAUGUAUUCAAACUUUAGAACAUGGGGUGUGGUAGUUACAACUAAAAUUGUUUC